UGCAGGCAGGGGCUGAAUCAAAUCUUGACUGAGGAAAACUAAACUCAAGUUAUUUUAUCUCGUAGACGUGAGCUAUCGCAGAAGUUAAAUCGGGUCUAAUCUAUUAUUUUCUGAUGCGCGCGUGAAUUUACGAUUUGAUCUCCCGAUUGAGUUCUCUUCGGUAAAUGUAGGUUAAACCGUUUUUUUGAAUAAUGCAAUCGCAUUUUUCCAGCUGUUGGAUCGCGAACGCAAGUUUGGACAGGUAGCGUGCGCGCGCAGACGCCCUUCUCCGAGCACAACAGGUAUCAGAAUCAGGAAGUCAGACAAACUCAAUCCACCAUGCAUUAAAUCAAACAAAAACACACUCGCAUAUAUCACUUUGGAGAGUUCAGGAGCCUCCGACGGAGAAAUAUGGGCUCGUGCGUUGUUCCAGCGUUCGUUGGAUUGAUUUUACUGCAGUUUCACGAAAUCUCAGAAUGUCAUAAAAUAGAGGUGACCCCUGACUUUGGCACCAGUGUAAUCUUCAGCAAGAAGGCAGGAAAGGAUCUGGACUGCACCGUGUGUAAGGAUGAAGAUCCAUCUCCGACCUGUAACUCCAACCUCAGACUUACUGAAGCUCAGCCCACCACCGUGAUUUUCAACUGCUCUCAGCCGGGUGACGUCUUUAAUGUGGAGAUCAACCAAGACAUCGAUUGCUCAACAACAGACUGCAGCAUCAUUGUCGUGCAUCCGGGUUCGACCCGAUUCCUGGAGUUCACCAGAACCUUUACCUGGGAUCUGAAGGUUCAGUCAGGCAAGGUGUUCCAGCUGGAAUUCCCAUCUCCAGGAAUGAGACAGAUCAACCCUUCAGAGUCCUGUCCAGACAAACACACUUACACCAUCACUACAUACCAGCGCGCAGGACCGGCCAACAUCGGCUCGUUCUGUCGGGACGGUACCAUCGGCCGUAUCCAGGUCUUGUAUAAAGGUCGAGUGACUCUUGAUGUUCCCAAAGGUACAGACCUGAACCCAUCUGACUUCAAAGUAUCCAUGGGACCAGCUGCAACAGGAGUAGUUGAGAUGGAUGUCAAUCUGCCCAGAGGACCGUUUUCUGUUGAUUUCUUUACUCCAAACUACGCCACAGGCUACUACGAUGAACAAAAAAUGAAGUGGAACUUUGCUGUUAAGCCUAUGCACAGCUUUACCGUUCGCUUUCAACGUUACGUUGCACCAAAAUGCCAAAAGAAAACUGUUACGUGUGAUUAUGCACUGGGAGACAAGACUUCAUUCACAGAGGCUCCAACAGGCGCUCAGCCGGCUAAUAAACAGGGAGAUUUCAGCCUGACUCUGACCAACUGUGAUGCAAAGAAAGUGGAUCCUGGGCUUUCCUUGCACUUCAAUGUGGAGGUGUUCAGGAGCGGGACUCCAUAUCUUUGCACUGUGGAUCUACGGAAUGAGGAGGGACUGAGUUUGCAAAUAGAAAAUAAAAACCCAGAGUCCUACUGUGAAAUGAGCUUGAACUCUGUGACGCAGGAGAAAAUAGUAGUUCCUGCGGGCACCAAAGCCGACCUGUCCUUCCUCGACUGCCCCAUGCAGGAUCUGAAGCUGACAGCCACCAGAAUCAUCGACUGUCCCAGUGCGUCUGCCCGUGAUGUGACCAGGACAUCCCUCACCAUUCCCGCUCUGGACCCUAAUCUUCCCGUUCCUCUCCAUCAGUUCACCUGGCUGCUCCGUUUGCAGGAUCAAAGCAGCGUGGAUCUUAUGUCUCCAAAGGGAAGCAACCUUCAACAGUCUCUGUCAGACAAGCAGUGUAAAGAAAGAGUCUCGCUGCUGAUCUCUGAGGCCGAGGGCUCCAACAUCGGCCAGUUUUGCUCCGCAGCUGAAGGCACUAUCCAGAAAAUUCAAAUCAAAGGAAACGUUUCCAUCACCGUAACUCCUAAUAACAUAAAAGACCUAAGCCAGGAAAAAGGACCUGUCUUAACAUUCGGCAUUAGUCCAGAGAUCACGGAAAAUGUAAUCUACACUAUAUCUCCACCCAUUUCGGGACCCAUGUACCUUGCGACACCGAACUGGCCCGAUGGCAUGAGCCCCUCCUCAUCUGCAGCAUGGGUCGUCUACGUUCCCGAAGAGUACAAGGCCGAGCUGCUGUUCUCCAACGUCAGCAAGCCCAAAUGUGACUCGGGCCACACGGAGAUCUCGAUUGGACCGCUGGACUCUCAGGGCCAAACGCAGUCCUGGAGAGAAGAUCAGAGCUUCACCGACCCCAUCAUCCAGCAGCAGAGCUUCUACCUGAACAUGUCCAACUGUGAGCCCAUGAGCGACCGCUUCUCUGUGCUCUCUAAGAUCAGUCUGCAGAAGGAAACCAAGAAGUUCCUGGGCAUUAUCUUGGCUGUAGUUGGAGUGCUGCUGCUUUUGGUAAUCACUGCACUUGUAGUCGUGUGCAUCAUGCGAAAAAGGAAAAACAAACCCAACACCAACAGGUCGUCCAUCUAUAUGCCCAGAGGGAAACCUUUCCUCCCGGGAAACGCCAGCUUCCCAAAAUCCAGAGCAGAAAAUGAGUCCCACGUCUAUGCCUCUAUAGAUGACCCCUCCAUGUACGGACACCUUGCGGACAAGAACCAACCUGCAGAGGUUGACAACGGAGCCUGGAGCAACGGACAUCAGGUGGAUGCGUACCGUCCGUUCAUGGGCCCCACGGACUCCAUCCCGGCAGCUACGGAUUCAUCCGCUGAGUAUUCACAAGACAGAAGAGAAGAUGAUGCUUUUCAGCCUUUCCUAAACCCUCCCAACACCUUUAACCUGCCGAGGCCUCGCACACCGCUCAUAUCGCAAGGAAGUUUAGGAUUUGAAGAUCGCAGGAUGAUGGAUAACGCCCUGAACACUUUCAAGAGUGUCGGGGAUAUAAAUCCCAUCCGUCUGUCUGCUGAUGAGUCUAGAUUACAACCGCAAAUAGAGUCAGACUCUGAUUCUUAUCUUGAGCCAGAAUAUGAGGAGGCCAUGUGAGGAUGAGGAUAUGAUUCAUCUCCUGCUCGCCAAAAACUCAAGAUUUUAUUGGGAGAGCAAAAAAGCCAUUGGCUGCAAGCCUGUGCAUGUGCGCAUACAAAGACAAUGUUUUUAGGUAAAGCUUUGAACUGAUGGAAGAACGCCACACUCUCUUUCGCCGCCCUAGUGGUCAUGUGUAUCUUGCAUGUACAUUUUAUUAAAGGAACACUCCACUUUUUUUGGAGAUAGGCUCAUUCUCCAACUCCCCCAGAGAUGAGUUUUACCAUUUUUGAGUCUAUUCAGCUGAUCUCUGGAUCUGCCGCUAACACUUUUAGCAUAGCUUAGCAUAGAUCAUUGAAUCCAAUUAGACCAGUAGCAUGUGUUCAAAAUUUACCAAAGAGCUUCAAACUUUAUACCUAAAACACUUUUCCUUUCCCGUCGGUCUUAGUACACAAUAUAGCAAGUCAAGUUUCAAAUAGGAAAAACACAAACUCUUUGGUCAUUUUUGAACACAAUGCUAUUGGUCUAAUUGGAUUAAAUUAUCUAUGCUAAGCUAUGCUAAAAGUGUUAUUGCCAGACCCGGAAAUCAGCUGUAUGGAUUCAAAAACGGUAAAACUUAACUUUGGGGAAGUUGGGGAAUGAGUCUAUUUCCAUAAAAAAUUGUGUUCUAUAAAAAUUUGGUUUUAAAUGUUCUUAUAUGUACAGAAUUGACGCUCUUGUCAGAGCUGUUUGAGAGACUUUCUAUACUGGAUAUUUUUUGGUAUAUAAUUUUUGUUUUGUUUUAGUUAGUCCCUAGGCUAAAGGUUUCAUGUGUGUUUGUUAUUCAAUUCUGUAUGUUUACUUUGUGCAUUCCUAAAAUAAAUUCUCAGGUAUUUUAA